UGCUGCCUACCAUGCUACGCCGUUGUCCCUGCGCGCUGCAGCGACUUAUGAUUGCCUGCCUGGGCUACUUCGUCCCAUAAUUCCUAGGAGUCUCGGAAGCCCAAUGCUAGUUACACUGUCGCCCCGUUGAGCUUUUACCCUUCUACUACAACAACUACCAAACGUUACUCGAGCCAAACGCGACUGUCGCAUCAUGGCGGCACCACAAGAUAAUCGGCCAGGCGAAGAAGAUGAAGAAGAGGAUAUUGACGACUCUAGUUACAAGACAAUCAAAGAUGCCGUCCUCUUCGCCAUCGACGUUAGCCCAACUAUGCUUGAGAAACCCCCCAAAUCAGAAGACAAGAAAGCUGAGCGCGAUUCUCCGACUUCUGCUGCUCUAAAAUGCGCCUAUCAGUUAAUGCAGCAACGAAUCAUCUCGAACCCAAACGAUAUGAUGGGCAUACUGUUAUUUGGCACUGAGAAGACAGACUUGAAGGACGGUGACAACACGUUCCAAAAUUGCUAUCUCCUUGCAGACCUUGACGUGCCAUCAGCUCAGGAUGUCAAGAGGCUCAGAGAUAUGGUGGAGAACGAAGAAGAGGCUGAAGAGAUACUGAAGCCAACCAAGGACGGUGCCAGCAUGGCAACUGUGCUGUUCUGCGCAAACCAAAUCUUCACUACAAAAGCGCCCAACUUUUCGUCUAGACGCUUGUUCCUAGUGACAGACAACGACUAUCCAGUCAAGGUAAAAGCAGACAAGGACACAGCGGUCACACGGGCUCGUGACUUAUACGAUCUUGGUUGUACUAUCGACCUGUUCCCCAUAUCGCAACCAGACCAUACCUUCGAUCGAUCGCGUUUCUAUGAUGACCUCGUGUACCCAACAUCACCAUCCGAUCCUGACGCGCCCGUUGCCAUACCGUCGACUACCAAAGUUGCGAAGAGCGGCGAAGGCAUAUCUCUUCUCAAGCAACUCAUCUCUUCCAUCAAUUCCAAAGCCGCACCCCGCCGCGCUCUAUUCUCAUUACCCAUGGAGCUUGGUCCCGAUCUCCGUAUUGGUGUAAAGGGAUACAUCCUUGUCAAACGUCAGGAACAUGUCAAGUCUUGCUACGUAUGGGUUGGCGGUGAAAAGCCGCAGAUCGCGGUGUCUACAACCACGCAGAUGGCAAACGAAUCAGCCCGAGCUAUUGAGAAAACCGAACUGCGCAAAGCGUACAAGUUUGGCGGCGAUGCAAUCACCUUCACGCCCGAAGAGAUCACACAGAUACGGCAAUGUUUUGGCGAGCCUGUAAUUCGAAUCAUUGGCUUCAAGCCCAUUUCCAGCGUUCCUAUUUGGGCCAACACAAAUAAAUCAACUUUCAUCUACCCCUCAGAAGCAGAUUACAUUGGUUCAACCCGUGUCUUCUCAGCCUUACAACAAAAACUGCUGAAGGCUCAAAAGAUGGGCUUAGUAUGGUUCAUUCCGCGCCGCAACGCCGCACCUACGCUUGCAGCUCUCAUCCCCGGGGAAGAGAGGGUAAAUGAAGAAGGCGAGCAAUUAAUGCCACCGGGACUUUGGCUCGUACCCCUCCCCUUCGCAGACGAUAUUCGGCAAUUUCCAACACCACCAGAGCAACCCCUCAAGACCACGGAUGCGCUGACCGACAAGAUGCGCCUCAUCAUCGAGCAACUUCAACUACCCAAAGGCAUAUACGAUCCUUGCAGAUAUCCUAACCCAGAUUUGCAAUGGUUCUACCGCAUCUUACAAGCGCUGGCCCUCGAAGAAGAACUACCGGUCCAGCCCGAAGACAAAACCAUUCCUCGUUACAAACAAAUUGACAAGCGGUGCGGUGAGUACAUUGAAGACUAUGGCAAAGAAUUCGAAGAAGCAUACGCACAACAGCAAAAGUCCGCACUAGCUCAUCGCACUAAGCCUACAGCAAAGAAACGCCCGGGUGGCGGUGCAGAUGGUGAGGAUAAGCCAGCUGCUAAGAGAGUCAAGAAAGAACCAAAGGUCAAAGCUGAAGACGGUGGGGAAGAAGAAGAUGGUAUGACUGAUCAGCAAAUGGCGGAUGUGAACAACAGUGGAAAGAUAAGCAAGCAAACAGUUGCUAUGCUGAAGCAAUGGCUCAGCGCAAGGGGUCAGAGCAUUGGGGGUAAGAAAGCAGAGCUUCUGGAAAGAGUGCAGGAGUAUCUCGAGGGCAAGGGUCUGUGAAGUACUUUCGUUACAAGGCUAUACGAUGGUCAAGCAAGGCGUUCUUGUGUAUCGGAAUUACGUUAUACCACGUCUAAGUCAUCUCGACAUCUAUAAGGGAAUAAAUUCUAUCGGUCUGGUGCGAUGACCACAGCGUCAUGCUAUCAUAGAGUACAUGAUAUAUUCGUACUUGAGACGACGCGAUUCUCUUCUGAAGUCGUAGUGAUACACUUUCAUGGUGCCCAUGCCCAGGCAAUUCAUGAAACCAUCCAUGUAUAUGGGGUAUCAUAUCAUCCUCACUACCAAUGUUGUCGACUAACCUUCGCCACCACUGGCAUUCUCAUCUUCAGAGUCUUCUUGGUACUUUUGUUGUGUAGACUUGUCUUCACGCUUCCUCUUUGUGGCUUCGAUGCCACCGGAGGUCAAGUAAAGAAAU